AUUCUAGUCCACUCUCAUCUUUCUGCUGAAAACUCAGCGGUGUUGCUCUCUCUCUCUCUCUCUCUCUCUCUAUCCAAUGGCCGCCUCGAAGCUACUGCUCUUCUCUCUAUUCCUAACCCUAAUCUUCGCAAGAUCUACAGCGGACGCUGGGACUGACAACGUCGAUGGUUUCAAACCAGAGCUUUCAGAUUCGUCUCUGAAGAUCGAACUGGACCAACUCAACUCCAAGGUCUCCCUUCUUGAGUCCAGCAUUGAUGAUAAAAUCCAUGAAUUGAAAAGAAAGGAUAAGAGCAUCAAGCAGAUGGGGAAUAUCAUACAGGAGAAGUCAGCUACCAUUGCAUCAUUACAAAGUGAGAUACAAGCACUCCAGGGAUCUUUAGAUGCUAAGGAGCAGGUGGGUAGGGCUCAUGCGCGGGUUGGUGAACUUGAGAACCAGGUUGAGAAACUUAGAAAGGAAAUAGAAACACAAAACAAGAAAAGAGAUGCCUUGGAAACCCAAGUGAAAGUAUCUGAGCAAAAAGUCUUGGAAUUGAACUCAAAACUGGAAAGUCUUCAUAGGAUCAAUGAUGAACAGAAGAGCAGAAUUCGUAAAACUGAACGUGCUCUUCAAGUAGCAGAGGAAGAAAUGAUGAAGGCUAAAUUGGAGGCAAAUACAGUCUCUAAAGAGUUGAUAGAGGUUCGAGAAGCAUGGAUUCCACAUUGGCUUGCAACUCAUUUAUUGCAUUGCCAGUCCUUUAUAGUGACUCAUUGGAGGGAGCAUGGAAGUCCUGCCUUUGAUGCGACAUUUCAAAAGGCACUGCAAAAGAAAGCAGAAGUUGAAAAGUGGGCUGAACCCCACAUUGAAACAGUAAAAACCAUAUGGAUCCCAAUUAUGAAGGACCAGUGGUUGAGAUUUGCAACUCAAUUUGGAUUGCAUGUUAAAUCACUAACUGCUAAAACCAUUGAGGUUUACCAUGCAUCCAAGAAUUCUAUAGUGCCACAUGUUGCCAAAGUACAGGAGAUGGUGGAUCCACACUUUCAGGAAGUGAAGAAAUUCACAAAGCCAUACAUUGAUCAAGUUACAACGAUGACAAAACCUCAUGUUGAUAAAGCACACCUUCUCAUGAAACCAUACACAAAAAAAGUAAUUCGUACUUAUAGGAAGUGUAUCAGAGCUGCCACUAAAUACCAUCGUCAGGUCCAAGCUACAAUCCAUGAAAAGCUUAAGAGUCAUGAUCUUACGAAACCACUUGCAACUGAUGAGCUUGUUUCGUUGAUGGCUUUUGCUUUAAUGGCUGCACCGCUAAUUUUUCUUUUCAAUGUUGCUUCAUCCAUUUUUUGUAAAAAGCCCAAGAAGCGAACUCGCAAUUCCCAUACAAGCCAUACUCGUCGUAGAGCUAAACGGGUACAUCCUGAGAAGUGAAGUUCUGCUAGAUGGUUCUUAUGUGUUAAAAAAACUGAGGACUUUGCACUAUAUGUUGCUUAAAAGUGAAUGGAUUCUCUCUGCAAGAGGACGGAUGAUACAUUGAAGUCAAAUACUCUUUUGUGGACAACCAAAAGGGGUGGAAAUGCACACAAAAACUGUUCCACAUGAUAAAUUUAGGAAUUCAUUAAUGUUCAAGACUUUGAUAUUAUGUCCAAAUUGUGGAUUAUUUAUUAUCCAUUUUCUUUUUCAUACAUCACAAGUGAAUAAAUCAGAGGUGAAAUGACAUUCUUGAGUUACGUGAUCCUUUUUAUGUUUUUUUUUUUUUUGGGGGGGAUAAAUUAUACUUUGCACUUUUGUACUUUACCCUCAAUCUUCUUUUAGUCUCAUUUUUGAAUUGUUACCAACUUAUUGCACUUUCGAUCAAGUUGCAAUGUAACUCUUUUCUUGUGAAAUUCAUUAUCGAAAAAUUGUCAUGA